GAACGAUUUAUCGGCAGAUAACGAGAUAGACGGCAAAAAUUAAGCCGUUAUGGACAAGCGACGAGCCUGAACGAGAGACUCGAUCGACAGCGUAGUAUCAGUGUAGUGUAUCUUUUUGCUCCUCCGACGCGGGUUGGUUCAGACGUCCAUCCUGGCAACGUCCAUGCGUCGCGGCAGCGCAACCAAUUAUGAAGCGGAGUUACUGUACGAAGUUCACGGCUCAUUCUUGAAUCAAGAGAUCAUGACUGAUUCGACGGACACGGUGUUGCAGGCGAUGGAGCUGCAGGAGAACGCGCCUGUCUUUUACUCCAGCGCGACGAUCAUCACGAUGCAGCCAGAAGCAGGUAGCAGUCGAACUGCUCGAAGGCCCAUUCCCGUGAACACCUUAGAAUGGAUCUCCACCCCCAGAGCGCAAUUAAACUCGAUCACCGGCACGCAGUUCCUAGCCGGCGUCGAGCAGCUGGAAAUUCAGCAAGUUAUUGAUUUGAGUACUUUGCUCGGCAGAACGGACAGAGGGAAUCAGUACAGGGUGAAAGUACCUCGAGCGGAGACCCUCUUCCUCGCCAUGGAGGCCAGGCAUGAGACCACGUCCAGGCUCUGCGGCUGGUAUAAGGGAUUCGUGCUGAAUGUCUUGGAUCAAUGCGGCGAGACUGCAUUCGUGAUCAGGAAGGAUCCGAGCUGGAUGCACGUGCCCGGAUCGCGACAGAGAAUCACGGUGGAAAGCGCGAAUCUCAUUGGCAGCGUGGAGGAGAAUUUCAGUGUGAUAGGGCCGAAAUUCACGGUCUACGACGCAUCUAAGACGCCGCUCUGCAAAAUCUACGGACCUAACAUCUGUGGCUGUUGCAUGUACAAGGAGGCAUUAUUUCAGGUCGUGUCAAUGGAUGAAACACACCAACUCGCGUCCUUGAUACACCAUUGGGAUCACUUGAAUGUUGAUUACAUUUUGCAGCUCACAUUCCCAAUAGACACCGAUGUGAAGCUGAAGAGCCUGCUCUUGGGCGCAUCGUUCUUGCUAGAGUACUUGUAUUUCCAUCGGAUUAGAAGAGCGUCUAGAAGCUAAUCAAACAGACUUUAACGGAGCGUUUCACUAUUUAAAUAGUCGUCGUUACUUCAGCUCUGUCCUCUCGAAAUAGAGCGAGCAUGUGUUAAAGUUGCCAAAAAACAUGUUUAAAAAGAAAAAACAAAACAUUUAUGUAUUUUUUGUUUAAAACAUGUUUUUUAAGUUUUAAACAUGUUUUAAAGUGCAGAAGUGCAAGUGUAGAAAAAAAUAUGUUUUAAACAUCUUUUAAACAUGUCUUUUAUUGUAAUAUAGCUUUUUGUAAUAUAGCUUAAACACUUUACUUCCGAUAUUUCAAAUGUUCCAAAGCAGAAAAUAGACCUAGAGUUGGGAAGUAUCUCGUUAUUUGUUACGAAAUUACAAUUUCGUUACAAUUAAAAAGAAUAAAGAAUUUAAAAAACUGAUUAAUCUUCUACGCCAGAGGUAUAAAUCACCAAGUCGUUAUCAAAUUGCUAAUGAAUUAUUAGAUAAAGUUUUUAAUUCUAUAAAGCAAAGCAUAGAAAAAAAUUUAAAAGGUAAAAUAGUCUGUAUGGCAUUGAAUGGUUGGAGUAACCUUUAUGUCGAGCCAUUAAUUUGUAUCUCAAUAAUCUGACGUAUUAGAAGGAAAUAUUCAUUUGAUAGAUACAAUAAAUACUGCUGAAAACAGUACACUGCACAUUGCAGCACACUGCAGAUUACUUAUUAAAUUUAGCUAUCACAGCAAUAAAAAAUUGUCAAAAAUUUGGUUGCUCUAUUAGAAGUUUUGUGACUAAUAAUGCAAGUAAUAUGGCAAAAAUGCGAAGCCAACUUUCACAAUGUAAAUAGCUAUGCUAAAUAUAAUAACAUACGUGGUUCAGCGCAUAUUUUACAUUUGUUAGCAAAAGAUAUCGACGUACCAGAACUUAGAGAAAAUGUAAAAAAAGUAAUAAAAUAUUUUAAAUAUACUCA